CUGACGCCUUUCACCGAGCAUAAAAACUCUUUGGCUACCUCCGGAGCUUCUGAGUCUCAGCGCAUGACUUCGAUGGGGACGUGUAGCAGGAGGUUGUGUCAAGUCGCAAACAUUAGAAAGGAAGCGGAGUAGACCUUCGCUUCGGUAGACGUCUGUCUUAUCGCCAGGCUUUCUUUUAUUUGUCUGUGAACAAACAGCACACAACAACAGCGUCGUUUGGCGUGUUUGUGUCUGUGUUUGCGUGGCGUUAAAACGAAAACGUCGUGUCCCUCCGACGCAACUAGUCCAGACAUGAGUAAUGUUAAUCUGAUUUUUUGGGACCACUUGCAAGCUGGCAGCUCCGAUGUGGACUGGUGUGAAGGCAAUUACCUAAUUUACCCGGGCAUCGCAGAGUUUUACAACACGAUCAGCAACAUUUUAUUUUUUGUUUUGCCGCCCAUAUUAAUGUGCUUGUUCCGCCAAUAUGCAACACAUUUCAACAGUGGGAUUUACCUCAUUUGGACCCUGCUGGUGGUGGUUGGUAUUGGAUCAGCAUACUUCCAUGCCACUCUCAGCUUCCUGGGCCAGAUGCUGGAUGAGUUGGCCAUUUUAUGGGUGCUAAUGUGUGCCAUUGCCAUGUGGUUCCCCAAAAGAUACCUCCCCAGGAUGUUCAGGAGGGAUCGGUCAAGGUUCAAAGUGGUCAUCGCUAUCUUGUCAGGGAUCACAACAGGGUUGGCCUUUGUUAAACCUGUUAUUAACUCCCUGUCGCUCAUGACUCUCGGCAUCCCAUGCACAGUGCUGCUCAUCACAGAGCUUAAAAGGUGUGAAAACCCACGUGUGUUUAAGCUGGGUCUGAUCUCAGGGAUCUGGUGGGCACUGGCUCUGCUCUGCUGGAUCAGCGACAGGAUUUUCUGUGAAAUGUGGUCAUCUGUCAACUUUCCCUACCUACACUGUGCUUGGCACAUCCUCAUUUGUCUGGCCUCAUACUUGGGGUGCGUUUGCUUUGCCUACUUUGACGUCGCCCACGAGGCCCCUGAGCGAGGUCCUGUCAUCAUGUUCUGGCCCAACGAGAAAUGGGCCUUCAUUGGCGUCCCUUACGUUUCAUUCCUCUGCGUGUACAAGAAGUCGGCUAUUAAGGUGACUUAAGGUGACCCACCCGUGCUGAGCCGGUUGCACUUUAAGACUCAUCACCAGACUGGUUGCCCUCUAUUAGGUGACACAGGUGGUCUUUAUUACCCAGCAGUGUUCCUGCAUUUGUCAUUGAACAAAAUGUACCACAAACAUCCUCAACAAUGUGUCUUUCUACCACAUUAUUGUUGUAAACGGGGAGAGGAACAUGUGAUGAUUUAUGAAAGUAUUAUGCAUUUUAUGCUUUAGUUAAUUUUGUAUACCUGCAAUGGAGACUCGGAAGACAUCAGUGUAAAGUGUUAACUGCCUUGACAAACUAUUGCAUCUCAUAGGUGCAGUAUACCAGCAUUAGUGAUAACAAUGCACUGGAAGCAAUAACUGUGAUACAUUAGUGGGACUCUUCCACUGGUGACCUUAUUCCCAGCAUGCUAUUGUGAUUGAUUGGAAUGCUAUUUGCAAAACAUACUCUUGUACUUUAUUAUUAACCCAUGAUAUCAGCCAUAUAUAGUAAUGAAUAAUUAAUGAAGAGCCAUGUAACCAAAACACCAAAAAAAUUAUGUCAACAUGUAUUGAAGGUUAAUGGAUUUUGUUUUCAUGACAAACGGCAAGUCACAGCAUUUCGGGUCAAUCGUGGGUAUUUUUUUCCCCGUAUUUGUUAAGCUGAACGCAACUUUCUAAUCCUCUGUUUGUUUCAUAUUGUGUGUGUGUAUUUGUAUUUAUGAUCGUAUGUUCUCUGGGGUUUAUUUAUUCCAGACUCAGUAUUUUAGAUGAUAUGCUUAGAAAAUGUAUGGAAAUAUGUGUGUAAAGCCAAAAUCAAACUGGAUACUAAAAACAUUGGUGCAUAAUCCUCUGAUGCACAUAGUGUGUAUUCUAUGCAUUAUGAAGCCGAGUAUGGAGAGAAAAUGCAGAGUACAUUUACUGCAUUGAGACACUUUGAUUUAUUCAUUGAAUUACAGUCAGUAAUAUAAUUGGACAGAUUUUACUGUUCGUUUUAUUUUGGCCAAAAUGAAUGAAAAUCUAUUUAGAAAUUAAAAGGGAAAGAAGGGUGCUUUGAAGCUAACAUGGUCACCAAAGAUUUAUGACCGCAAAUUUAUUACAUAAACAAAACUCAUGAAGGAUCACAAUGUACACAGAAACUCACAGUUGAAUUUUGCGAGAAUGAAUGAGUGGUUUUGUGUAUUAUCACUACCUUUGUAUUGCCAAAUACUAUUCUAUUUUUCAGUCUAGUCUCCAGAGAUAUUGCCAGUUUGAGCGCAUUUAUCGUCUUGCUGGAGAGAAUACAGAAUUGUAUAAUUUUGAAUGAACUGCAGUGCACGUUGUGCAGGAAAAAACAUUUGACAUAUUUAUGAAGUUUUUUUUAAUGGUCACAUAGCAGUAAGGUGUGUAUUUUGACAUGUGUAUGUUAUUUUUUUAUUGGCAGCACAAACAAAUGGCACAUAAAUAUUUAUUUUCAUAAUUUAUGCUGUUUUGUAAACAAAUAUUUGUAAUAGUAUAUUAUAACAUUGGUACUUUAUUUUAUGCAAUAAAUUAAGCCAAUUAAGUC